ACAAUACUCUCUCAAAAUGUGCAAUUUGAAAUUCACAAUGUAAACAAAUUCAUGUUCCUUCAACAAUCCUUUAUAACAUGGGCAUAUCUUCAUGUAGUUUUUGAUGAAGAUGAAUUUGUAGUUUUUGUAUCUUUUUGGAAUUCUGAGGCCGCAAUCCUCAACAACCGUUCGCCAGAAAGGAUGCUUGUCAAGGGCUUUUUUCCAAGAUUUACAAACCAACGAGCAUCUUUGAAAAGUGUAUGGAUCAAAAAUAUGAUUGAAAGCAAAAUAAAUAGAAAAAUUUAUCGAUCAACAAUGAACUGGAAAUCGAAGUUUCUAUCGUUCGAAACAGCUAUGACCUGGAACAAGAUCACGAAUCCUGAUAAACCCAAACUUAAAUUGAACGAAUAUCGUACUGUCAAGAUUGACAACAAGUUGUAUCUCGAGAAAGAAGAGCCAACUUGUCUGAGCUGGCCAUCGAAAUUACAAAGAAAUGCUGCCGUUAAUAUCGUUCUGAGAGACCCAGUUCCCACAAAACUCAAGAGUUACAGAGAAACUUUACCCGACAGCACAACUCAAAGAGCGAUACCAGCAACUUUUAUCAUCGUUUUUAGCAAGAAUCGCACUAGGAUACACAACUACGUUCUCGUUGGAUUUUUAAAGAAAAAGAAACAUGAAUACACUUCACCAAAAAGAUGGUUAUCUCAUGCAUCAUUCGCUGCCUCACAUCAUAUUCAUCUCUGUAAUAGAGACUAUGCUUUUCCCUGUUCAGAUAUUAAGAUGUGGGUAUUCUUUAUCAUUCCUCUGGUCAGAAUCAUGAAUGAAAGG